AUGCAAACCAUCUGUCAAAAGUUCCGCAGCGACGUGGAUAGCGAUAUGCGGCGGUGGACAGAGCAGACCCGCGGCGCACCGGAGCAGGGUUAUUUGCAGCAGCCGGACGACAUGAAUUCUAUGCAGAUAGACAACAGUCCUGAUUCCCUCCCACCAGUGACGGAAUUCCGCGUCCUCGGCGAGAAGACCGAAGGUGGAAGUGAUCUUGACAGACCUGCAACCAUCGAGGAGCUCACGCGGGAGAUCAACAAGCUGGCGCUCGACGAAAACAGGAAGAGUAUCUUGUGUAAAAACGUCCGCGCGACCCCAGGGUGAAGAUGGGAAAUCUGCUAGACAAAUCAACCACUUUUGGCUGGUGCGCAUGACAAGUUUGGGAUUGUGCUUAUAGUGUAGUCGUGCUGAGGUAGAAGUGGUGGAGCAGCAUCACAGAUUCAGCAGCUUAUCGUGAUUCAAGCAUGAGAAAUUAUUCCAAAACAACAGUAGAAAAUCAUGCCUCUCAUGGGGCUACGCAUGAGAAACAACUCCGGCAUGCAGAUCUGCAUAAUAACACCUUAAGCAUGUGUAUGGGACCAUCCGGGGACGUCUUUCCUCAGGAUAAACACCCCGCGGGCUUUUUCCCUGUCCGCCAGCGGGGCCGUGAAGCAACUGGCGCUGCAGGGAUUUCGUGCGGACUCGAGAGCAGAUGAAAGCGUUC